UGCCAAAAGGUUUCACAUCGGUCAAAGCGCGCUUUAGGUUACUGUCACGCGAAACGGCUUGUUAUGAGCAAUCCUGUAGAUGAUUCUGAAAUCGAAACCAAUUAUCACGAAAUUGUUGAUGGCUUCGAUAAGUUGGGAUUAAAACCAGAACUUCUCCGUGGUAUAUACAGUUAUGGUUAUGAAAAACCAUCUGCUAUUCAACAGCGAGCUAUCAAACCAUGCAUCGAGGGUCGUGAUGUUAUCGCUCAGGCUCAGUCUGGUACCGGAAAGACAGCCACUUUUGCUAUUAGCAUUUUGCAGAGAGUAGAUGUUACUUCCAACACAUGCCAAGCACUUGUUUUGGUCCCGACCCGAGAACUUGCGAGACAAAUUCAAACGGUUGUGCAACGCAUUGGCACUUAUCUAAACGUAAAGUGUCACACAUGUAUCGGCGGGAUAAGAACUUCUGAAGAUGUGGUGUCGCUUCAACAAGGUCAGCACGUUGUUGUUGGUACACCUGGUCGUGUUUUUGAUAUGAUGAGUCGCGGUAUCCUAACAACAGCAGGAAUCAAAAUUUUUGUACUUGAUGAGGCAGACCAAAUGUUGGAUCGUGGUUUUGAAUCCCAAAUAAAGGAAAUAUACAGAUUUCUACCGGAAAAUGCUCAGAUCAUGCUAUUGUCUGCCACUAUGCCGAAGCAAAUACUUUCUGUCGCGCGAAGUAUAAUGAGAGAUGCUGUUCAGAUUUUAAUUAAGAAAGAAGAAUUGACUUUGGAUGGAAUCAAACAGUUUUACAUUAAUGUAGUCAAGGAAGAGUUCAAAUUGGAAACUUUGAUGGAUUUAUAUCGUAUAAUGAAUCUGAGCCAAGUCGUUAUUUUCGUUAAUUCUGUACGAAAGGCUUCUGAUUUGUAUGAAAAGUUGGUGAAUCGAAAAUUCCAAGUCUCUUGCAUUAAUAGUGACAUGAGCCAAAACGAACGUGAUCGUGUUAUGGGCGAAUAUCGUACUGGGUCAUCGCGUAUUUUACUGUCAACUGACGUCCUGGCACGUGGUAUUGAUGUACAGCAAGUUUCCCUAGUGGUUAACUAUGACUUACCCAGUAAUCGCGAAACUUACAUUCACAGAAUCGGUAGAGGAGGUCGUUUUGGUCGCAAAGGAACAGCUAUUAACUUUGUUACAGAAUCUGAAAUGGAAGCUCUUAGUGGCUUGCAGCAGUACUAUAAUACAGAGAUUCUUGAGAUGCCCGAUGAUAUUGUUGAUUUUCUGUAACUGGUCACAAACUUUGAGCCCACCCAUAUAUUUGAUAUUUGUUCCAAGCUGAAUCAGUUUCAGGUUUUUCUGCUGGAUUUCUGGUCAAUAAUUCUUUGUGUUUUAUUUUUCCAUCUAACUUCCCUUGCUAUUGUCUUACCUUCGGACAUUAUUGCUCCUUAUCCUUCAAUUUGUUCAUUAGGGUGCUUAAUUGGGCAAUAAAACAGAAUUUACAUAACAUGGAUGUGUCAAUCGUUUUGUUUAAUUUCAUGUUGAGUAGUAUUGGCAGUUUCAUCAUGUGUUUAUCUUUGAUGUACUAAAGAGAAACUGCAGAUCGUACUGAAUUAUGCUUAUCAAGUUGUGGAUAUAAACGUCUCUAAUACAACCCCUACAAAGUACAACGACGAUACGAAUUCUAA